GAACAUCGAUAUCGACCUAUCGCAUCCCAAAAACAUCGAUGCGUCGUGUUUUCUCCACCUCUAAGCUGUGCUCGGGAAUAAUGUGUAAUUGUUACGAAAAUAAGUCAAAUGGAAGCUGAAAUAUAGUGGCUAGGCCGUUGUGAAAGUGCAAUUAAGCACCGUCGCACCAAGUGAAAGAUAAAUCCGCGAAGAGCGAGUGAAAGAGAAUCAACCUUCAAAGCGGAAUCGAACAAAAACAUCGUUCAGUCACCAUUUGAAUCCAACGUACGCCGCUCCUCCAUACUACUGCCUGCUUAUUGAAUCUCGGGACCGAAUCACUGAGUCCAAGGAGGAGUCUUCGUGUUUUCGGGCUCACGAAUCCCAGCCAGGAGCCCACAAUGGGCAAGCGGCUCCAGCUCGAGCGCUCACCCACCGACAGGAGCAUCCGAAAGCGGAAGCGGUCGGCGAUCAAGGCUGCCGAGAAGCACCAGCGCGUCGACGGCCCAAACACAUUUGAAUUCCACGAGAAUGACGACGAGGAUUCUUCCUCGUCGGGCUCUGCUGCAGGUCGCGAGGGCGCCCGCAUGGAGGUGGACCAGUUGGUCCCCGCAACCCUGAUGCACACUCCCCAGGCUAGAAGUUUGCUGCUAACCGGCGCCAGUUUCGCCAGCGAUCACAAUAACUCGAGUGUGACGGAGUCACCGCGUCCGGUUUACACCCUGAGGCCGUCAGUGGUGAACGGCACCAUUCUGCGGGACGUCCUCUCCAAGGCCUGGCGCUUGGGGCGACCCAUAGGCAAAGGUAAUUUUGGCGAAAUAUUCUUGGCCUCGGACGACACAGUAUGCCCGACCAGUUCCGAGAACGCCAAGUACGUCGUUAAGAUUGAGCCCCAUUCCAAUGGACCUCUAUUCGUGGAGAUCCACUGUCUGAUCAACACCUCGCAGGGCAAGGAUCCGUCGGGUGUGGAGGACAAUGUUGUCAACCUGCCAGCCCAACAGCAGCCGCUUGCCCUCGCCCAGGGCCCGCCCUCUGGCAUACCCAGCUACAUUGCCUCUGGCACCCACUACUUCGGAGAUGCUCGCUACCGUUUCAUAGUGCUUCCCCGCUUCGAUCGCGACCUGCACUCGCUGAUCAGGAACUCGCGGAUGCAGCAAAAGUCACUGCUCGUGCUCGCCAUUCACAUAAUCGAUGUGCUGGAGCACCUGCACGACAAAGGAUACUGUCACAACGACAUCAAGGCCCAGAACCUCAUGGUGUCCAAGUGCAAGUAUCUGAAGAGGCAGGCGGUGCGAGUGGGCGCAGCUGCCGAUGUGAAGAACAAGGGGAAUAACUUCGAUGACCACUACGACGAGAAGCAGCAGACCACGGACAGUGGCAACAGUUCCGAGCAGGAGACCAACGAUGAUGACUUCUUUCUGAAGAGAGAACGGUUCCCUCUCAAACGGCUUGCACAUAUCGAUCAGGAGGACGACGAGGAUGAGGAUUUCGAUGACGGUGCCACGUCGAACAGCAACAACAGCAACAGCAUGGAUGUCUAUCACACGCCCAUAAACAAGAAGCGUCGUGGCCGCAACAACGUUCAGUUCAGUGGCUCCAAUCCAGUGCGAUCGUGCCGCCGCGAGAAACGAAACUCCAUGUACGAGGAAAUGGUCAAGUCGCAUUACCUGCGCCCCACCAAGCGCAUCAGCUACCGCGAAGAGUUCAACGAGGCGGGGGAUCCCAUUAAGGCCAGCGAGGAUAAUAGCGAUCAGUCGGCCGAGUCUUCCGACAACGAGUCCGAGGAGUUCAUUCCACCCUCCGAGCGCCGAUCGACGAUCAAGAGGGGAAGGCCUGCCUUGGCCUCGAGCGCCAAGAAAGGACCUGCUCCGACUCGGGCCAAGCGAAAUCAGGAGAAGGUUAAGAAGGAACCGCUUGGCGGGAACAGACCGCGCGGAAGGGGCAACAAGCUGGUGGAGAAUCAGCCUCCCACAGAGUACCAGUUUGUGCCGGUGGAGGAGGAGCACGUGUUCCUUAUCGACUUUGGAUUGGCCUCCAAGUACCAGGAUCGCGGUGUCCAUCGCCCCUUCAUCAUGGAUCAGCGGCGGGCGCAUGACGGCACUUUGGAGUUUACCUCGCGGGACGCCCAUCUGGGUGCCCAUUCGCGGCGCAGCGAUCUCGAGUGCCUGGGCUAUAACCUGGUUUACUGGUCCGAGGGUUGCCUGCCCUGGAAGGACGCGGCCCAGCAACAACAGCAGGAGAAGGUACAUCGCGCCAAGGAGCUGUUCAUGACUGAUGUGCCGGAGAUGCUGCGCCAGUUCUAUGGCAAGCAAGUUCCUAAAUACCUUGGUGAGUUCCUGCAGCAGAUCGGCAAGCUGGCGUACCAGGAACGACCAAAUUAUGAGCGCUAUCGCAACAUCUUCCGCAACGAGUACCAGAAUCUGGGCUUCGAUCUGGACAAGAUGCGCCUGAGCAGCGAGGAGAUCCAGCGCACCUGCGUCUCAGUCAAAGAUGAAGUGGACGCCAGCAGAUGCGACAUCUUCGAGUUGAACAACAAGAUCACGGCGAAUGUUAUGCGAAAUGCCGCGUUGAGCACUCCCUUCCAGGAGCAUGCGCUAACCAACCGUGUCUCUCCGAAAAAUCUCCGCUCCAAGUCGAGCAAGAAGACGACGAAAAAGAAGUUCUCGUGGGCGGAGGUCCUCUCCCAGGAUCCCGACCAAAUAGCCCGGGAACGAGCAGUCAAGGAGUUCGAGCGGGAGGAGUCCAUUUGCCCGCUGCAAUCCCGUCUUCCCAGACGCUAUGACGGAAAGCCCACGUAUGCGAUACUGGCUGUCGAGCAGAGUCGACGCGACAAGGGUCUGGUCGUUCAGGAGCAUAUUAGGGAAGAAUUGAACGAGGACGAUGAGGAGGAGGAUGAUGAACAAAAUGAAGAGGAGGAGGAACACAUUGAUGAACAGGAGGAGGAAGGAAAGGAAGAGGUUGAAGAGGAGGAAGUGGAUGGUAGCGAUAAUUCCAAUCAGAUCGCUCGGGCUGGGCGCGGCCGACCCAAGGGCAGUGGUCGCAAGAGGACCACCAGCAAGCCUGGCCAGGCACCAUCACAGCCGCCGGUGAAGUGUAGCAGCAACCGUGUAGCAGCUCGGCGACUCGGCGCUGUGAGUAAGAUCCGCUCCACUCCUCUGUCAGCGGUGGCCAGUAACAAACGUGGCUGUGCCACACGCAAGGAGAACACCACCACCACUACCAGCACCACACUGGCCUCAGCUACCGGCGAGCCAGCGGGCGAGAGGAAACUGAAGACGGGCGGCCGAGAUAAGUCGGCGCCACAAACUGGCCGACAACCUAAGCAGCGGCAGACCCGCCGCUGCCUCUAUAAGACUGAAUCACAACUCGGCGAGAACGAUGUGGAGAACAAUGCGAACCUGCUGGAAGUGCAGAACCUUUAUGGCGAAUACGAUGACGAGAACAACUACGGCAAGGGGCGCCACGUCCACGCGUCCAGGCAUUGCCGCAAAUGAUUGCUAGAUGACAGUAAGGAAUAGGAUUAGGGACCGUAAACGAAGAGAGAGCAAUGGACGCAUAAGAAGGAUAGUUCUAGGUCAGAGAAGCGAAGGCAAUGCCAAAUGCAAAAGCUAAACAGAAAAAAAGGAAAACCUAAAUUCGUUUCAAGUAUUUUUAGUGGUAAUUAAGUCAGGUCGGUGCAGGAUAAGGCUGCAAUCCAACAGGACAGAUCCUACUUAUAUGCAUAUUAUCGGCUUUACCUUGUAAUUGGAUUUUUGCACAUUAAAGAUAUAAGUUUCGGUUUAGAACGUCAAUAUAGUAGGAAAGCGCGCUCAGCUCCAUUGGGAAGAUGUUGUUGAAUUAUUUUUUUCAUUUUUGAAUACCAUGUAGUCCCCAGUUGUAAGAGAUAUUGUGUGUGUGUGUUUUUUAAACCGAGCCCCAGGAGCAGUGCCCUGUAAGUUAUGAUUGGCCUUGAUAGCGAAAUCCUUGAUUAUAUUAUAUUUUAAUAAUUAUCACCACACCACCCCCUAUCCCUAUGUUAGUUUGUUAGUCCCGAUAGUAUACACCGAUGUAAGAGCCCCCGUUUUCAACAACAUUUCAUCAAGCAAGGUACAGCAAGGUACAUACUCUCCUCAAAAAGUAUUUAAUAUAAAUUAGAUAAUGGUUACUUCAUAAACAAUGAUAAAGAUCUAAGUUAGGAAUUACUUGUAUAAACAAGCAGCGGAAAUAAAUAAACUAGAAUUGUAUUUCCUUAACAAUUACCCGAA